AAGAUACUCAUUAAAAUGGCUGAUAAGCGGUUCGUCUGUAUUGGGGACUUUGAGAAAUAUGCGGCCACCCAUCUUCCAUCCGUCAGCAGGGUCUUCACCAACCAUGGCGCCGACGAUGAAGUGACAAUGCGGGACAACGUCGAAGCAUUCAGAAGAUGGCGCCUCCGACCAAGAGUACUGGUCGAUGUUUCAAAGAGGACCACCAAAACCACGGUGCUUGGGCAUGCUAUAGACUUCCCCGUGUGUGUGGCACCGACCGGUUUCCAACGACUAGCCCAUCCAGACGGAGAAGUAGCCGUUGCGAAGGCCGCCGCUGACAUGAACACGAUCUACGUCAUGAGUUCAGGUGCGACGAGUAGCAUCGAAGAGGUGACCGCCGAGGCCCCCAACGGAGUAAAGUGGCUCCAACUAUACAUUCCGCAGGACAGGCGUUUGACGGAGCAGAUGAUCAGACGCGCAGAAAAGGCGGGCUUCUCUGCACUUGUGUUUACAGUGGAUUUACCACAGCUUGGCAAAAGGAGGGAAUCUUGUCGUAACCCUUUUGAGAUCCCGCCGCAUCUCAAGUUGGGGAACUUUGGGGACAGCAUUGAUAAGGGGCUCAACGACGACCUUCAAGGCUACGGAGUUCCAACAGCUAAAGGGGAACAAUUUCAGGAUAACCUAACCUGGAAAGAUAUUGAUUGGCUAAGAUCCUUCUCCAAGCUACCAAUCAUGGCCAAGGGAAUAAUGACGGCAGAGGACGCGGAGCUGGCAGUGGAACAUGGAGUGUCGGCCAUCUUUGUUUCCAAUCAUGGCGGGAGGCAGCUAGAUGGCUGCCUGGCAACAAUAGACGUCCUCCCAGAGAUAGUGCAAGCUGUCAAAGGUCGCGUGGAGAUCUAUCUAGACGGAGGUGUGCGGACAGGGACCGACGUCCUGAAAGCAAUUGCACUUGGCGCCAAAGCAGUCUUUUUGGGUCGUCCCAUUGUCUGGGGUUUGUCUUACAACGGCUAUGAAGGUGUAAGGAAGGUGCUUUCCAUCAUGAAGGAAGAGUUCAACUUGGCUUUAGCUCUGAUAGGUUCUACUGGUCCGGCGAAUAUACGACCGUCACUGGUCGUGAGAGACUGUAGAUGUUCAAGGUUGUGAAAGGAAUUUGUUACCAGAAAAAAUGGAUUGACAAUAAUUGCCGGAAGAAAAGUGUCCGGGGGAUAUAUAUAACAUGUAUACUCGGACCCGUGUAGAUAUCACACUUUCACAUGUCAGAAAAUAGGAAAAAGCAAUAAAAAUUGUGGUCUAAAUAUUAUCAUCACUUUAUUCGCAGUUUAAAAAAUGAACUGUCUGCUACGUCCGCACCACAGUUAAACAUUGAAACACCCGCUUUUCACCUGGAUUAUCGC